AUGCUGUAUCACAAUUCAGGUAGUUUGUCUGCCUCCUCUGCUACAGAUACUCUUGCUCUUGAUCAGGCUUUAUCCUUACGGGAAGAUGGAAGGUUAAAAGAAAUAUCUGCGAAUAGACACGGAAGACUGUUGUUUACGGCUUUACUAGAAAACUUUUGUCAAUUGUAUGAUUCAGAUCCCUCUCGAUCCAGAAGGCUCUUUACACUAAUUUGUCAAACAUUGAAACGUAUUGGAAUUGUCGAUGAAGAGUACAUUGACGAACUUGCUGGGAUUCGAUCAACGUAUCAAAGUGCAUUGCACCAUCUUAUUACUCAGGCUAGAGAGGUUUUGUUUGAAGAAGAUCAUGAUAAGCAAGUUCCAUUGCCUAUCAAACCCUAUGUCCCAGAGAGAUCGUAUGAAGAACUGCAAGUAGCUCUUCAAAGAAUCUCAAAUUCGGGGUCUUCCAAUCCUUCUAGUUCACAACAGCAGAAUUCGCACAAUGACUUCACGUACUAUACGUGGUUGCAUACAAAACAUUCUCGAUAUGCGAAUGAUUUUGAAGAGCUACAGAUGCUUGGUAAAGGUGGUUUUGGUGCCGUGUAUCGAGUACGCAACCGUGUCGAUGGUGCUGAAUAUGCUAUGAAAAAAAUAUUCCCCACCUUUCAACAGGUGCCUUAUACUAAAAUUUUUCGCGAAAUAAAAAGCCUUGCAAAGUUGGAUCACCCUAAUAUUGUCCGAUAUUAUGCUAGUUGGUUGGAAAAUACUUCUGAAAUCGUGCCAAAUGUACGCAAACCUACUGUAUCUUCAGCGAAGAUGAUACAGGGCUUGGAGUCUUUGGAAAUUAGUCGCGAUGAUUCCAUUACAAUUGCCAAUAAAGAAGACUCUUUUUAUAGUGAUGACCAGUCAAAUAACGACAGUAUCGUUUUCGCGGCUGACGUAUCAGGGCAGUCGGAUAAUAUUUAUUUUCAGAAAGGGUCGUCUGAAGCUAGUGAAAGUAGUGAUACUUCGCAUGAUCGAGAUUCAGAAAAUAAGUAUGGCUCUUCGUACGAUGAUAUUAUUGAAAAUCCGGAAGAUUCAAGCGUUCUUCACACUUCCGCUAUAGCUCCAUUAAAUUGCUUUGUCUUAUACAUUCAGAUGCAACUUUGCACUGACGAUUUGGAGUCUUAUCUUUUUCGACGUAAUUCCAAAAUUUCAUUUCCAUUGUCUACAGUGGAUACCAGGAUUCACAUACAUUUAUUUAGAGCUAUAUUACACGGCGUUGUUUACAUUCAUGAAAUCGCACAUCUCAUUCACCGCGAUGUAAAACCAAGUAACAUAUUCUUGGCAAAAUCUCUUACUCUCGAUCGCGGUUCUGUACCUUUGUACAAUUAUCGAGACGACGCCAAUAAUGCGCUCGAUAACUAUACACCAAAGUUAGGCGACUUUGGUUUGGUGAUUGAUAACGAAGGGAAAAUGCUCAAGUCUGUAUCCUUUUCGAAAGAUCUUCAGCGUGUAUCUCCGAUGGAUGCUACCCAACAUGUUGGCACUAUGUCUUAUGCUGCUCCUGAGCUUCUUGAUGCUUUAGCAUCACACAGCAAUGUUCCUGUAUCCGAGGCCGUAGACACUUUUGCCUUGGGUAUAGUUCUCUUUGAACUCCUUUAUCCUUUUGAUACGACUAUGGAGCGGGCUUCAAAACUUCGAGAUUUGCGACAAGGUGUUUUGCCUGAUGAAUUUAUUGAAAAGCAUGGUUGUGAAUCUAGUUUAAUUUUAUGGAUGACCGCAAAAGAUCCAUCCAAGCGUCCGAUGCUAUCUGAUGUUUUGAAAUGUAACCUUCUACCCUCAUAUUCCGAGGAAAUUCAUUCUGAAAAACUUGAAGUAUUGCUUUCAUCUCAGUCCACUGCGACUGAUCAUCGUUAUUGGGAGGAAAUGAUUGAAGAAAACAAACGACUACGAGAAGAAAACAUUCGUUUACGAAAUGAAUUAGAACUACUAAAAAAAAAUUAA